AUGUCGUCCGGCGGAAGCGGCUUUCUGGGCCGCUCGACCAGCAACAACUCCAACAUGCGAGGUCUGGUCCAGUUCAUUGCGGAUUUGAGAAACGCGAGAGCCAGGGAGCUGGAAGAGAAGCGAAUCAACAAGGAGUUGGCCAACAUUCGUCAGAAGUUUAAGGAUGGAAACCUCAGCGGAUACCACAAGAAGAAAUAUGUGUGCAAGCUCCUCUACAUCUACAUCCUCGGAUGGAACGUCGACUUCGGCCACCUCGAAGCGGUCAACCUCAUUUCGGCGAACAAGUACUCGGAAAAGCAGAUCGGAUACCUGGCUAUGACCCUGUUCCUGCACGAGAAGCACGAGCUGCUGCACCUGGUCGUCAACAGUAUACGAAAGGACUUGCUGGAUCACAAUGAGCUGUUCAACUGCCUGGCCCUCCAUGCGAUCGCCAACGUCGGUGGAAGGGAGAUGGGAGAGGCUCUGAGUGGAGAGGUGCAUAGGCUUCUCAUCUCGCCCACAUCGAAGGCAUUCGUCAAGAAGAAGGCGUCGCUCACACUGCUCCGUCUCUAUCGCAAGAACCCCGACAUCGUCCAACCGCAAUGGGCUGAGCGCAUCAUUUCCCUCAUGGACGACAUCGAUAUCGGUGUUGCGUUGUCCGUUACGUCGCUUGUUAUGACGCUUGCUCAGGACAAUCUCAACCAAUACAGAGGCGCGUACGCCAAGGCUGCUGCCCGGUUGAAGAGGAUCGUGAUCGAUGGAGAGUACACUCCGGACUACCUCUACUACAAGGUUCCGUGCCCGUGGGUUCAGGUUAAGCUCCUGCGCCUGCUGCAGUACUUCCCUCCGUCAGAUGAUACACACGUUCGGGAGAUGAUUCGCGAGUCGCUGCAAAAGAUCCUGAACCUCGCAAUGGAGCAGACCAAGAACGUACAGCAGAAUAAUGCGCAAAAUGCUGUUCUGUUUGAAGCCAUCAACCUGAUCAUUCACCUCGAAAACGAAAAUGCGCUUCUCAAGCAGAUCUCAUCCCGACUCGGACGAUUCUUGACUUCUAGGGAAACGAACGUCCGUUACCUGGGAUUGGAGGCGAUGACGCAUUUGGCAGCCCGUAUCGACACUCUGGAGCCGAUCAAGCAACAUCAGGAUGUCAUUAUCGGGUCUCUCAAGGACAGGGAUAUCAGUGUGAGGAGGAAGGGUCUCGACCUCCUUUACAGCAUGUGCGACUCUUCGAAUGCCCAGGUCAUUGUCGGCGAGCUGCUGCAUUACCUCCAGAAUGCCGAUUUCGCGAUCCGAGAAGAGAUGGUGCUCAAGAUUGCCAUUCUUACCGAACGGUACGCCACUGAUGUCCAGUGGUACGUGGACAUUUCACUUCGUCUGAUCGCCAUGGCGGGUGAUCACGUAAGCGAUGAGGUGUGGCAGCGUGUCAUCCAAAUUGUGACGAAUAACGAGGAGCUGCAAGUUUACGCGGCCCAGCACUCCUUGCAAUACGUCAAAUCAGAUCACUGCCACGAGACGUUGGUCAAGAUUGGAGCGUACAUUUUGGGAGAGUUCGGCCAUCUGAUUGCCGACCAGCCCAAGUGCAGCCCGAUCGAGCAGUUCAUGGCUCUCCAGAGCAAGGUCGCCGCUUGUUCCUCAAGUACACGGGCCAUGAUUCUGUCCUGCUACGUCAAAUACGUCAACCUCUUCCCCGAAAUCAAGCCCCAGCUUCUCAAGGCAUUCCAGGUGUUCAGCCACACGCUCGACUCCGAGCUCCAGCAGAGAGCGUGCGAGUAUCUGACACUCGCGACAAUGCCGACAGACGAUCUCCUUCGAACGGUAAUGGACGAGAUGCCGCCGUUCCCCGAGAGGCAGUCCGCGCUGCUUGCUAGAGUGCAUCAGAAGCACGCCAACACCAGUGAUAAGAGAACCUGGGUCGUUGGCGGCAAGGAUGCCAACGCAGACGUGCAAGAGCUCAAGAUGGCCAAGGAUGGUGGGCUCAGGCGGACUUUUAGCACAAACGGCAACCCUCCAGCAAACGGCGCCAACGGAACGAAUGGCCAUGGAAAUGGCGCAAACGACUUGGCUGGUCUUGACAUGUUGAACAUCGGCCCUGCCGAACCCAAGACCAAGGCCCCCAACCUGGCGAGUGCAGCUCACUUGUCACCCAACUGGGAGGUCGGCUACAACAAGCUGCUGCUCAAGGGCGAAGGUGUCCUGUACGAGGAUGGCCAGAUCCAAGUUGGUGUGCGAUCCGAGUACAGAGGACAGAUGGCUUGCCUCAUUCUCUACUUCAAGAACAAGAUUCCCACGGCACUUAGCUCGUUCACAACAACACUGGACCUCGAUGAAGCCGAGAAGGGCAAGCUCACGUGGGACGUCAAGAACUUGCCGGAGAGCACAAUCUACCAGGCUGGCCAAUCACAGCAGGUUAUCAUGUUCGAGUGCAAGAGGGUAUUCGACAAGAGCCCGACGAUCCGUAUCAGCUACCUUGCCGGUGCCUUGCAGGCCAUCACUCUCAAGCUGCCACUCGCCGCUCACAAGUUUAUGGACCCCGCAGACCUGACCGCCGAAGACUUCUUCAAGCGCUGGAAGCAGAUCGGCGGAGCGCCUCGCGAGGCCCAGGGUAUCUUUGGCCUGUCUCCCGGCAAGGUUGCUGACAGGGAGAUCACCGAGUCUUUCGUCAGACAGACAGUCGACGGCUUCAGGUGGCGCAUCCUGGACGGUGUUGACCCCAACGCGAAGAACUUUGUCGGUGCCAGUGUUUUGCAUACCUCUGAAUCAGGCAAAUUUGGUUGCUUGAUGCGUCUGGAGCCCAACUACGGAACUCAGAUGAUCCGUCUGACCAUCCGCGCAACCGACGAGAGCGUCCCCGCCACUCUUCUGAAGAUGAUGCAGGAGCGCCUCGCCGCCGGAUACACGCCAGAAAAGUUCCAAGCCCCGACCCCGAGCGAGAUAUCGGACGCCUUUAGCAAUAUCCUGGUCACAUAG